GUUCAGAUGUAGCACAUUGUACUUAGCUUAAAACGAACCAACUCAACUUUGACAGUUUUUUGUUUCCAACAGCAUCAUCUGUAUAAAAAUGCGCUCAUUCCCGCCGCCAUUUCAAAUUAAAUGCCAUUAUCAAACACAGCUCUCAUAUCCACAUCCCUAUUUUGCUUGAUUCACGCAGAAAAACAAAUUUCAUAUUCUCAACACAGAAAUACCACCGGAUCAUUUCAAACAUCAAUAAUAAUGCGCUUCGCCAUCUCCCUCGCCAUUGUUGCUGCAUUCUCCGCCCAGGCUGUGCUUGCCAACGGCUCCGCUAACGCCUCCAACACUAGCGCAGUUUCUUCCGCUUCGUCGACUGCCUCCGCCUCGCAUUCCUCUUCCGCCUCGCACUCGGCGUCCAAGAACUCUGCUUUGGCUGCUGUUGAGACCACCUCUGCUGUCGAGACCACCUCUGCUGCCGAGGCCACUUCCGCCGCUUCUACCAGCGGCUCGUCUGCUGCCUCGGGAUCUCACCAGUCAAAUGCCAAUGAUCUGUCGCACAAGUCCAGCCAAGCUAACUCUGGCGAAAAUGCUGGUUACAACGAAGACGCGUCUAGCAGUUGCAGUAGCGACGUCGCUUACGAUGAAGCCUCGUCAUCUGCUCCCUACGCUGAUUCCAACGAUUAUGGAAACGCCGAAGAGGGUGACUACUACGAAACCGUUGCCGAGUCCAAUGACUAUGAGUCCGCAACUGAGGGCGGCUAUUACGAGUCUACACCUGAGGGCGACUAUUAUGAGACCGAGGUUGAGGGUGAUUACUACGAGAACACUGGUAAUAACAACUACGAUGAUAAUACUACCAUUGUGCAGCUCAUUGGCACUGAUCCCGUCAUGACUCUGAACGACGGAAACCCUGUAGCCACCGUCGGCACUUGCCCUGACUAUACGAUCACGAUCACUAACCAAGUCUUUGCUACUCUCACGACUACCUUUACGCCAUCGUUGCUGGCCAUCCCCGCUAGCACGCCUGUCAAUGGCGCCGGAGCCCAGAACCUCAACUACUACUACUAAAUAUUGACCAACCGCCCAGCGUCGGCUUGCCCGGAUGCAGGGAAUUCUGUUAUUUUGCUACCCAUUAAUACUGCUGUUUGGUUUGGUACCACACCUCCCCAUCUUAUUCUACACAAUUUUUC